ACAUAUUAUAUUUAACACUGUGACUGUUAUAUCUAGUUGUCAUUGUGGAUCUCAUAAUACCAUUGGAUCGGGUUGGAGUUCCACUUUUCCAGAACAUGAGCCAAAUCUAUGUCUGUAUUCAAAAACAAAUAGAUUUUAUGUGUCGAGUUUACUUUCUGAAGUUGCUAUGUGUAUACAUACAUUUUCUUGUCAUACAGGGCCUCGCAGUUUUAUGCAUCAUCUGUAUUUCUAACAUUAUCCUUGCAUCAACACGUCUUUAAAAAACAACUUGCCCCCACAAGGCACUAUCUUGAAUAAUGAAGUCUGAGCUCCUGAUUAUCUGAUGCUCUGCACAGAGAUCAUCUCCAGCUUUAAGCUCUUCUCUAUAACCUGUGGUCUAACUGAGAGAUUCACUAUGGUGGACAAGAAUAUAUACAUCGUUCAAGGGGAGAUUUCCGUUGUUGUUGCUGCUAUCAAGAGGAAUUCUAGAUGGAGUACCCAUACUCCUUUGGAUGAAGAACAGGACCCCCUUCUCAACAGCUUCAGCCAGUUGAAAGAGACCCUCAAUAACAUAAAAGAUCUUUCUGAUGUGGAACCCAACGUGUUUCUUAGACCUUUUCUGGAGGUGGUCCGCUCCGAGGACACAACUGGACCAAUCACAGGCAUUGCUCUCACAUCGGUCAACAAGUUUUUGUCAUAUGGCCUGAUAGAUGCCAAUCAUGAAGGGGCAGCAGAGGGCAUCGAGAAUAUGGCUGACGCAGUCACACAUGCGCGAUUCGUGGGCACCGACCCCGCUAGUGAUGAGGUGGUGCUGAUGAAAAUCCUCCAGGUUUUAAGGAGUUUGCUGCUGACUCCAGUUGGAGCCCAUCUGACCAAUGAGUCUGUCUGUGAGAUCAUGCAGUCCUGUUUCCGAAUAUGCUUUGAAAUGAGAUUAAGUGAGCUGCUGAGAAAGUCAGCUGAGCACACGCUGGUGGACAUGGUGCAGCUGCUCUUCUCCAGAUUGCCACAGUUCAAAGAGGAGGCCAAGAGUUAUGUGGGCACUAACAUGAAGAAGGCUUACAAUAUCUUAUGGAAAAACAAACGAGUGCAGCUAAAGAUGAGAGCCGGGGGAAUGAGUGAGUCGUCCAAGUGGAAGAAACAGAAGCGUUCUCCCCGCCCCCCUCGUCACAUGGUACACAGUCCCUCAGGACAGAUGGAUCCCGGCCAGUCCAGUACCCUCACCAACAACCUUUCAGGUGGAGUUCCUUUCAUAGAGCAGCACAGUGGAGGUUCUUCUUCUCUUCCUGGUUCUGACAGUGCAUCUUCCUCCAUCUCCAGCCCCACCGCUGACAGUGGCUUAGACACCGGCUCUAAAACCACCUCAAAGGAAGAUCUCACAGACCUGGAGCAGAGCAGCUCAACGGCCACCACUCCUGUGUCACCCUCCGCACAGCCCGGCAGACUGGAGUCACAGUCUGAGGGCAGGGAGGUGGAGCGUGCCCAGUCUGCUUCAGUGGAGUCCAUUCCUGAAGUCCUGGGAGACCGAGACUUGCUGGCUGACCAGUCGGAUUCGCCAUCGGUCCACGACAUGGACUAUGUGAACCCCAGGGGAGUGCGCUUUACACAGUCCACCCAGAAAGAGGGUGCUGCUCUAAUCCCAUACGGUCUCCCGUGCCUAAGAGAGCUCUUCCGGUUCCUCAUCUCUCUCACCAACCCACAUGACCGCCAUAACUCCGAUGUGAUGAUUCACAUGGGCCUCCAGCUGUUGAACGUGGCCCUAGAAGCGGCACACAUCGCUCCCUAUCAGUCAUUGCUCUGUCUUGUCAAAGACGAGCUCUGUAGGCACCUCACACAGUUGUUAGGUGUGGAACGAAUGAACCUGUAUGCUGCCUCCAUACGCGUGUGCUUUCUUCUCUUUGAAAGCAUGCGAGAACAUCUCAAGUUUCAGCUUGAGAUGUACCUGAAGAAGCUAAUGGACAUCAUUACCUCAGAGAACCCUAAAAUGGCCUAUGAGAUGAAGGAGAUGGCUCUGGAGGCCAUCGUACAGCUCUGGAGAAUCCCCAGCUUUGUCACAGAGCUCUACAUAAAUUAUGACUGUGACUUUUACUGCUCCAACCUGUUUGAGGACCUCACCAAACUGCUCUCUAAGAAUGCCUUUCCAGUGUCCGGGCAGCUCUACACAACCCAUCUCCUGUCACUCGAAGCCCUGCUGACAGUGAUCGACAGCACAGAGGCUCAUUGUCAGGCCAAAGUGCUCAACAGCGCUGCACAGCAGGACCAAUCAGAAUCCACGACAGUAGGAGGAGACGGUUCGGUCAUUACAAUCACUGAUUCAACAACAGAGGCCGGCAAAUAUGCACCCAGUUGUAAUGGACAGAACGCUGUGGUGUCAGAGACCAGGACUGCAUGUCCUCCCACCAGCGGUCAUCUGAUGGCAGAGAAGAUGAGAUUCGGUAGACAGGAUCAGGAGGAGGCAGACACAGAGAAGAAGAGCUUGAAGAAGCCUCACCGUUUCACCAGCUGUCUUCCAGACUCUCAGGAACUUUUAGAGAUCAAGAGCAAGAAGAAGCUUCUUAUCACGGGCACAGAGCAGUUCAAUCAGAAGCCCAAGAAGGGCAUUCAGAUCCUGCAGGAGAAAGGCCUGCUCAGCAGCCCCAUGGACAAUAAUGAAGUGGCCCAGUGGCUGAGAGAAAACCCCCGGCUGGACAAGAAGAUGAUCGGAGAGUUUAUCAGUGACCGCAGGAACACUGACCUGCUCGACAGUUUUGUCAACACAUUCACCUUCCAGGGCCUGCGCAUAGACGAGGCGCUGCGCUUGUAUCUGGAGGCAUUCCGUCUUCCUGGCGAAGCGCCUGUCAUUCAUCGGCUCUUGGAAACCUUCACCGACAACUGGCAACAAGUGAACGGUAAUCCCUUCCAGUCAAACGACGCUGGCUUCGCCCUGGCUUAUGCAGUCAUCAUGCUCAACACCGAUCAGCACAACCAUAACGUUCGAAAGCAGAACAUCCCCAUGACGUUGGAGCAAUUCAAGAAGAAUCUCAAAGGUGUGAAUGGAGGAAAUGACUUUGAUCAAGACAUGCUGGAAGACAUCUACAAUGCAAUCAAGAACGAGGAGAUUGUGAUGCCUGAUGAGCAGACGGGGCUGGUGAAGGAGAACUAUGUGUGGAGUGUUCUGCUGCACAGAGGAGCCUCGUCUGAAGGGAUGUUCCUGCAUGUACCUGACAGCAGUUACGACCGCGACCUCUUCACCAUGACCUGGGGACCCACCAUUGCUGCCCUCUCCUACGUUUUUGACAAGAGCCUAGAUGACAAUAUCAUUCAGAAAGCCAUUGCUGGGUUCAGGAAAUGUGCCAUGAUCUCUGCACAUUAUGGCUUCAGUGAUGUCUUUGAUAACUUAAUCAUUUCACUCUGCAAGUUUACUACUCUCAGCUCUGAGUCUGUAGAGAACCUGCCCACUGUGUUUGGCAGUAACAGGAAGGCUCAGAUUGCUGCCAAGACCGUGUUCAGCCUGGCCCAUCGGCAUGGUGACAUUUUACGAGAGGGAUGGAAGAACAUCAUGGACUCCAUGUUGCAGCUUUUCAGGGCUGAGCUCUUACCAAAGUCCAUGGUUGAGGUUGAGGACUUUUUGGACCCAAAUGAGAAGAUUUCCUUACAACGUGAAGAGACACCAUCAAACAGGGGUGAGUCAGCUGUAUUGAGUUUUGUGAGCUGGUUAACACUGAGUGAACAGUCCGGGCACCGAGGCCCCUCCACUGAGAACCAGGAGGCCAAACAAGCUGCCCUGCUCUGCAUAAAGCACUGUGACCCAGAAAAGCUGAUUACUGAAAGCAAGUUUCUUCAACUGGAGUCUUUACAGGAGCUCAUGAAGGCUCUAAUCUCAGUGACCCCGGAUGAGGAAACGUAUGAUGAAGAAGAUUCAGCUUUUUGUCUUGAGAUGCUGCUGCGAAUUAUUCUUGAAAACAGGGACAGAGUAUCAUGUGUUUGGCAAACGGUACGGGAUCAUCUGUACCAGUUGUGCGUCCAUGCCAGUGAGAGCUGCUUCCUGGUGGAGAGAGCAGUGGUGGGAUUGCUCAGACUCGCCAUACGCUUAUUGCGCAGAGAGGACAUAGGCUCACAGGUUCUCCUCUCUCUUCGCUUGUUGUUGAUGAUGAAACCUUACGUCCUUAUCAGAGUCAGUCGAGAGGUGGCCUAUGGCUUGCAUGAGCUGCUUAAAACCAAUGCUGCCAACAUCCACUGCACUGACGACUGGUACACGCUCUUUACACUUUUGGAGUGCAUCGGGGCUGGGGUCAAACCUCCGGCUGCUCUACAGGUCACCGACAUCAACCCAGACAUCGACGCAGGUGCUCAGUCAGAUAGCGAACUGAGUUUAUAUCAUGAGAGCGAAGUUCGUCUUGAUCGGGGAUAUACGUCCGACUCUGAGGUUUACACUGAGCACAGCAGAUCCAGAAUGCCUCGUUCAGCUACUGAUGUGGAUGUAGGCUGGCUAGUGGUGGGUAAAGAGGAUUUGGAUGGAUCUAAGGCAGCAGUGACCCCAGCUUCAAAACCUUUGAGCCAUCCUCUCGUUAACCAGUACAGUUUAACUCUUGGGCAGGACAUGGGUUUGCAUGACACCAAAUCCCUGAUCAAGUGCGUGGACUCGCUUUCCUUCAUCGUACGCGAUGCCGCCCAUGUCACUCCAGAAAACUUUGAACUUUGUGUUAAAGCCAUACGAGUGUUUGUGGAGGCGAGCCUUAAUGGAGGCUACCGCGCCCACGAGAAGAGAAAGAGCCACAAAUACGACUCCAAAUCCAGCCGGCUCCGAAAGAAGCCGCGAGAGAAGGAAGGCACAUCACGGAGAACCAAAGCGUCCAGUCAGCGGCCCACCCGUUCCCAUAGCGACGAUGAGGAAGACGAGGGCGUGCCGGCCAGUUACCACACGGUGUCUUUUCAGGUUAGUCUGGACUUGUUAGACCUGAUGCACACACUGCACACUCGAGCAGCCGGCAUCUACAGCUCUUGGGCAGAGGAACAGCACCAUCUAGAGGAUGCUGGCAGAAAAAUCCAGGCGGAUUCUCAAACACUGUGGUCCAGCUGCUGGUGUCCCCUCCUUCAAGGGAUGGCAUGGUUGUGCUGUGAUGCACGGAGGCAAGUCCGGAUGCAAGCUCUCACCUACCUACAGAGGGCACUUCUUGUACACGAUCUACAAACUCUGGAUGCAGUGGAGUGGGAGUCCUGCUUCAACAAGGUCCUGUUUCCUUUGCUGACCAAACUCCUAGACAACAUCAGUCCAGCUGAUGUGGGAGGCAUGGAGGAGACCAGGAUGAGGGCCUGUACACUGCUUUCUAAGGUGUUUCUGCAGCAUCUCUCUCCACUGCUUUCUCUGCCCACAUUUGCCGCCCUCUGGCUCACCAUUUUAGACUUCAUGGACAAGUACAUGCACGCUGGCUCCAGCGAUCUUCUGCUGGAGGCCAUCCCUGAGUCUCUGAAGAACAUGCUGCUGGUGAUGGACACAGCAGGGAUCUUUCACAGCGCUGACUCCCGUACAGGCUACUCAGACUUGUGGGAAAUCACCUGGGAGAGAAUUGACUGUUUCCUGCCCCGUCUGAAGGAAGAGCUCUUCAAACAGGCUGUCAUUCCAGAACCUGUAUGUAAUGUUCCUGUGGAGCCUGUCCCGCCGCCUGCUGCUGUUACUCCCGCCUCUCCCCCUGUGCCAGCCCCCUCACCAGUGCCAGCUGCCCCCGCAGAGCCAAACAUCCACAGCAGACCUGCAUCUCCUCAGGAUAUCCCCACACCUAGUGCCAACGGAACAGACAGAUCAUCUCCAGUUCCUCCCUCAAAACCACCGAUGCCCACUCCAGCGAAGACGAGUCCUCCUGAGUCCCCGCCGCGUCCUCUGGGCCAGUCUCCACUCAUCCUGCAGCCGCUCGCCUCUCCUCUGCAAGUGGGCAUCUCCCCGAUGUCCCUGCCAAUCAUUCUGAACCCGGCUCUCAUAGAGGCUACCUCACCAGUGCCCCUGCUGCCCCGCCCCUCCAACGACUGACCCACCCCUCAAACAUAAGCCCAAAAAAGUGCCGCCACGUCUGAGGGAGAAACAGUGGAAGCAGCAUCUGAUGUGACUGUUCUCCUGCGCGUGUGCACUCGCUGUAGCCCACACUAUUAAAUUAUGUAACAGCAGGACCUGGAAUAAGAGUGCAUGGAGGACAUCGACAUGCAUGGUUGCCUAUUUAUUCAAAACAGGAAGGUGCCACGCUGGAGGACAGUUCAUUAUUGACAGGACUAGAUUUAUUUGGGUCUGUUAGGUUAACGGCUCCCGUCAGAGCAGAUUUUAAUACAUCAAUACUCAGUUGUUACUCUUGAGAUUUACUCAGGCAGUGAUCACUUUAAUUAUGUAGUUUCGUCGUAAAUUGCUCCAUAGAAAAAGAAAAAGAUGUAGCCUCGUAAAAUGUUUUCCAUUCAUGGUUCAUUUGAACAUUGAAAGCAUAGUUCACCCAAAAAACUGAAUUCUAUUAUUAUUUACUCGCCCAUUGAUUUUCUAUUGUAUGGACCAGGGUUUUUCUUUAAAUAUCUUUGAUGAAAGAAUGUCAUACAGGUAUGGAACAACAUGAGGGUGAGUAAAUGAUGACCGAAUGUUCAUUUUUGGGUAAACUCUACAUUUGUUCUUUUGGUUAAAAACAAUAAAAUCUGGCUUAUAAUGACGCCACAUAAUUCAUUAUCCUGCAUCUCCACGACAUUCCAGACACCUCACUGAUGUUCUCAACUAAACAAACCAGCUGUGUGUCAGCAUUUGUUUUAUUUUGAUGGCUAUUUUUAUCCGCGAGUUGUCUUAAAGAGAGCUGGUUUUGUUUCUCACGUUUAUGUUGUUUUGCUGAGGCACAUCUGCUCUUUGAAGCUUACCCUUUCAAGAAAUUCUCCUGGACAAUAGAUCAUUUCUUCCAAAUAAAUGUUUCAUCAGUUGUA